UCUAAAAUAUGUCUAACCUAAAAUAAACAGACCUCCAAAAUACAAUCUCUUUCGGCCCCAAACCGUUUAAAUUAGGCCUUGUUAGGACAGCAACAUGAGGGUCCUUCUAGGAGCCGAAAGUUUUCUGAGCAUCUGCAAGCACCGGAUACGAUGGUACAGCAAGGGCAAGUCAUACUUACCUCCGAAAGAACUCUACGAAAAGGCAAUGAAAGCCAUCGAAGCUCGCCAACUAACGAUUUCCGCACGCUUGAGACCUGGAAAAGAAAAAAAAUCAGAAACACCCAUUUUGGAAAUAUUUUGUCGGGCAUUAGCGUCUUCAAAUAAGUCGGGUGAUAAUGGCAAGUCUAAAGAACUUAAAGAACCUUUAAUCUCUAGUUCCAAGGACCAAAAUCCCGCAGUUUCCAGCAGCCAGAAGUUGAAGAAAAAUGUAGAUUGUAUUAACCUUAUUGUUAACCAGGACUUCCAACCACAAUCUAAAAGCCCUUUAGAGCCGCCUCAAAUAAAAUUGGAAACACCGCAAAUUUUCAACUGCAAGAACUGUUAUGAAAAGAAUUCUGUGAACACUCAAGGCUUUCCAGAAAUGUUGAUUGCAAACUGUAAGGAUUGCCAUGGAGAUGGAAAUCUGCAAUCUUUAGAUUCCAUUAUGGGCUCGGCAAUACCACCCCAACAGGGAAACAAUCCAAAAGAAAGAAUUGGCGUUAUUGAAGAGCUUUCAAAAUCCCCAUCCAAUCCAAAGGUUAGCGAAAUUCGAUCAUCAAAACAAGAUACAAAAGCAGUGGCUCCAGGUAAACCUCAAGAAUCUGCAAGUCUUCCGCCUCUCGCCGAAAGAUUUACCAUGCCACAAAAGUUGGCUUUUCCGGUGGGAAGAAAUCCCUGUGUCGACGGAAGUAGAGCUGAGAAGCCCAAACCUUGCUCCUCGGCCCAAAAAGUACCCAAACCACCAUCUAAAGCCAAUUCCCCAGUUAAAACCGCUCCUCAAGGGAACUCUUCGACUAAAACAAAGGCGGUGGAUAAACAAAAGGCUCCUGUAAGUUCAACACCUCAAGCGAAGCCAAAGGUAGCGAGCCCGCCAAAUAAUCCUCAAUCAGAGAAGAUACCAUCAAAUUCAAAGGUUGGAUUUGCCAUGCCAAAAAAUUCAGCUUUCCCAUCGGGAAGGAACCCCUGUACAGACGGGAAGAAAAAUGGUAAGAAAUCCAAAUGUGCAGCAACAAAACCUGAAACAAAAAAAACAAAGAUAGGAAAGUCUCUGGAAACGAAAAAACAAAAAGCUCCGGUUAAAAAACAAUGUAAGCAAGAAAAGAAAGAAGACACUUGCAUGAAAGAAUCCCCGGCUAAAAAGACAGCCACUGUUUCAAGUAGUUCUUCACAACCUAAGCCUGCACCGCCGGAAAAACCGCCAAAAGAAAAAUCUUCGAGACAGGGUGUUGUCAAUUCAAGACAACCUAAGGUUAAGCCCGCCAAUGCUCCUCCAAAACCUAAACCCAAGCCAAAACCGCAAUUUACAGAUGGAAAACUACCACCACUGCCAUCCUCCAGUUUUUCCAUGCCGAUCUUGUCGGCCUUUCCUAUGGGAAGAAAUCCAUGCCGAGAUGGUCCACGAGGAGCAUCCGCUGAUGGUGGUGAUAAACCUAAAGAUAAUCCCUGCUCUAACCCAAAAGUUAAACCCUGCAAGUCUGAAAUAGAUUCUUGCGCUUCGGCAAAGGAAAGUUCUGGUGUUGCUAGCUGCUCCUCUAAAAGUUCUCUGAAGAAGAAAGCUUCAUCUUCUAUUGCCUCAGCUCCCAAAAAAGGUGCUAAGCCUCCAGAUAACUUAAAGUCUGCGCCAAAGGCUUUGCCGCCUCCACCAGUUAAAGAAAUUAAAGAGUCCACCGGAGGUUCCGCUGCAAAGGUUCCUCUGCCACCACCGCCUGCUAAAGAAAUUAAAAAAUCUUUGGGUCCUUCACAACCCCCAUCUAAAAAAGAAAUCAAAAGCUCUACGGGUCCUCCAGAGAAAAAAGAAAAAUCAUGUAAGCCGCCUUUAUCAAAAUCCCUAAAUUGCAAAGUAAAAUGCGACUCCGAAAAAGUUCCAAGUAAAUGCUCCGAAUUAGAUAAAAGUCCAAAAGGCAGUGAAUCUCCGAAACACGAGUUAAAAAGGUUUCCGGCUCUUCCACUGAAACAAAGCCUCGCCAGUUAUAUCAGCAGUAUAGAACCACUUCUCAGCGAGGAGGAACUCAAGGAGGAACAGAAGAUUGUCAAGCAAUUUCGGGAGAACGAGGGAGCGGAUCUUCAGGAGCUGCUGGAGGAGGAGGCCGAAAAGUGCAACAACUGGUUGACUCCAAGGUGGACAAGAUCCGCGUAUUUGAGCUAUCAGGCUCCUCUGACCAUCUUCUCCAGUCCAAGUCUCUCCUUCCCCGUUCAAGAGUUCACAGAGCCCCAGGAUUUUCUCAACUUUACUGCCAAAGCGAUUUACGCUAUUUGCGAAUUCAAGAAGCUAGUGUACCAAAACCAAAUUCCAGUGGUCAAGAUGGGCAAAAAUAUGCUGGACAACAGCCAGUUCUGCAAGAUCUUUGGCACGAUUCGAAAGCCAGGACGAUUUUGCGAUACAAUCGAACAGUACAGCGAUGCCGAUUACGUUGUGGUGGUCUACAAUAAUAACUUCUACAAGUUACCUAUCUAUUCGGAGAGUGGAAAACUGUUGAGUGCUAACAGCCUGAGAGAUGCCUUGGAGAAGAUUCUCAACUGCCCCGUAGAAAAGGGCGAACCUUUCGGCCUGCUGACCCACGACAAUAGAAGCAACUGGGCAGAGGCUUACUCUGCACUCUGUUGUCCCCAUGGAAACGCCGAUGCCGUAGAAACCAUUGAGCAAUCCCUGUUCUUGGUCUGCCUGGACCAGUGUGUUCCAGUUCCCAAGGGAAAGGAGAGGAUUGUGCAGGCACACCAGUUCCUCCAUGGCGGUGGACUGCGCCAGAAUAGCGCCAAUCGUUGGAUGGACAAGACCAUCCAGCUGAUAGUCAAUCCAAAUGGAUUGGCUGGCUUUUGCUAUGAACAUUCCCCCGCCGACUGCCAGCCGUUGGCCAUGCUGAUGGACUUUGUGCAGCAGAAAGUGAACGAGGAGAACUAUGGUUGCGAUGACUGCAAGUCGGACAAGGAAAUCCCGUUUAAGCUGCUGAAAUUUCAGCCUGUGAACGAGUGCAUCAAUUUGUGGCUGUGCCAGGCCAGGCGCAACAUCCAAAGGAUAUCCAGUCAACUGCUGAUGAACGUGUUCCACUUCGAGUGCCACGGCAAGUGCUUCAUCAAGGCGCAGGGCCUGAAUCCGGACAGCUACAUCCAGAUGGCCCUGAGUUUGGCCUACUACUCGAUGCACGGGAAAAUACCCGCCCAGUACGAGUCGGCGCACUUGAGGAUUUUCUGUGAGGGACGCACGGAAACCAUACGAUCCACCUCCAAUGAAUCAAAAUCCUUUGUCCUGGCCAUGCAAUCGAAGGGGGCUUCGAGUCAUGAGAAGCUGGCAGCCCUGCAAAGGGCGGUGGAUGCCCACGAGAAACUGAUCAAAGAGGCCAUCAAUGGACAGGGCAUCGAUCGCCACCUCUUUGGAUUGCAGCAGAUGGCUUUGGAGAAUGGACUGCCACUGCCGGAAUUCUUUACGUCAACGGGUUUCGUAAGAUCGGUGACAUUUCAACUCUUCACCUCUCAGGUAGCCACUUCCCACGAGGGCUUCAUGGCCUACGGACCCCUUAUAUCCGACGGCUAUGGGGUCUGCUACAAUCCGCAGGAGGAAAAGAUCAUCUUCGCCAUCUCCUCCUGGAAGACUUGUCCGGAAAUAAGUCCUACUAAAUAUGGUAAGGCCAUAAAAAGCUCCCUGAAUGCCAUGAGAAGACUUAUCCUGGAAACGGGAGGCGAUUGUGUGGGCCAAAAUCCAUGCAAGUGCGAGAAAAUUCGGUUCUAGAAGGGGUAACUCUCGGUUUUUGUUGUUUC